AUGGAAUAUACUAUAAAGGAUUUGAGUGGAUUCCUAUUAAAUAAACAAUACAAACUAAUAAAAAAACUAGGUGCAGGAGCAUUUGGUGAAAUCUAUUCAGCCACUGCGAAUGGAUAAGAGUAUGCAAUUAAAAUAGAACGUUCAGACACUAAAUACCCUUAGUUACUUUUUGAGUCAAAAUUAUACUAGUACCUCAACAAUCAACCCAUAAUAGGCAUACCGAAAUACUAUGGUUAUUAUUAACAAGAUAAUUUCAACUUCCUUGUGAUGGAAUAACUUGGCAAGAGUCUUGAGGAUAUAUUUACAGAUAAUAAUCGUCUCCUUUCUCUUCAAUCUGUAACAGUAUUAGCACUCCAAAUGCUUGAAUGCGUAGAAUACUUGCACACAAAGCAUUUUCUGCAUAGAGACAUUAAGCCUGAUAAUUUCUUACUAGGCAAAGCUCACAAGGAUAGAGUGUAUAUGGUUGAUUAUGGACUUGCUAAGAAGUAUAUGAUAAAAGAUAGUCACAUCCCUUACAAGGACAACAAAGCAUUAACAGGAACAGCGAGAUAUGCAUCCAUCAAUACACAUUUAGGCAUAGAGUAAUCAAGAAGAGAUGAUCUUGAAUCCUUAGGAUAUGUCCUACUUUAUUUUUUAAGAGGUUCAUUGCCUUGGCAAAAUCUAAGGGCUAACAACCAAAAGGAGAAAUAUGAUAGAAUCAUGGAGAAGAAAUUGGCUACUUCAAGUGAAACUUUGUGUAAGAACAGUCCAAAGCAAUUCUAUGAAUAUAUUGAGUAUUCGAAGAAUUUGAAGUUUGAUGAAAAACCAGAUUAUUAGUAUAUGAAGAACCUCUUCAUUUCUGUGAUGAAAGAAAAUGACUUAAGGAUUGAAUACAUUUAUGAUUGGGAUGAUGAGAAUACUCACAGAGAUAAGAUUUUACUGAAACACACUUAAGAGUCAAACCAACCAGAUUAGCAAUAGCCUAUUGUGAAUAAGAAUAUCAAUUAUUCUUAAUACAAUAAUAAUAGAUAGAGCAUUCAGAAGACUAAGACUUCGUCUAUUCACUCUAUUAAUAAAGUUCUCAAAAUUCAACAAAACACAACUACUCUAAAUACUUAACAAAAUUGUUAGAACAAAAACCAAAUCAAUAAUAAGGCCAAAUCCAUUAUUAAAAAACACUCCAGUCUUCAUUAGAAUUGA